AUGGCCAGCAUUCGGACGGCAAGGAACAGAGGAAGAGCGAACGAGGAAAGAAACCAGCGGAGAUCGAACGAAGCGGCCGAGGAGAAGGCCUCCAAGGUGGCCAACUUCCCCCAGCUGCCCUUGGACUGCCGAGGGGGCCCCAGAGACGGGCCCUCCACCCUGCGAGGCUCCCCCGGCCCUUGCCUGGCCAGCCUGCGUGUCCCCCUGUCCCCGGGACUCCCUGACACCAUGGAGUUGGCCAAGAACAAGAGCAAGAAGCGCCGCAACCGCACGACCUUCAGCACGUUCCAGCUGGAGGAGCUGGAGAAGGUCUUCCAGAAAACCCACUACCCCGACGUGUACGCCCGGGAGCAGCUGGCUCUGCGCACCGACCUCACCGAGGCCCGGGUUCAGGUCUGGUUCCAGAACCGCAGAGCCAAGUGGCGGAAGCGGGAGCGUUAUGGGAAGAUCCAGGAGGGGCGGAACCCCUUCUCGUCUGCCUAUGACAUCUCUGUGCUGCCCCGAACGGACAGUCACCCCCAGCUGCAGAACUCCCUGUGGCCCAGCCCCGCGUCUGGGAGCCCCGCCGGGCCCUGCCUCGUGUCUCCAGAGGGCAUCCCCUCCCCGUGCAUGUCUCCGUACUCCCACUCGCACGGGAACGUGGCUGGCUUCAUGGGGGUGCCGGCCUCCCCCGGAGCGCACCCUGGCCUCUACUCCCUCCACAGCUUCACCCCGGCCCUGGGGGACCACAGCUUUGAGGCCGCCCCGGAUGUCGACUAUAAGUCUCCAAGCCUCGUCUCGCUCAGGGUGAAGCCGAAGGAGCCGCCCAGCCUGCUGAACUGGACCACGUGAUCAGACGUGUGGACAUGCAGACCCAGCUGCCACCCCUUCCCUGUGCCCGGCUGCUCCCACCCCACCCUGGCCUGGAUGCCAGAGAGACACACCUUUGCCUCCGAGCUCCAGAUGGUCCCCAGGGCGGGCAGAGCAGCUGGAGUCCUCAGCCUCUCGCCGAGUCUUUUCUCUUAGAAUAAGGCGGGCUGCCCAGGAGAGAGGGCAUCGAAGCCGGUGGACUCUUCCUACCACGCACUGGGUCCCCUCACCCCCACGCUGGGCUGGAGAGACUCCGUCCUGCCUCCUUCAGACCCCGUCCGAGGGUCACUCUUGCCCCUCCGACUGAACUGGCUUCAUUGGCUCCUCAUCUGGGGAAGGCAGGAAAAUGGGAGCAGGACAGGGUUGAAGCAGGGGAUCUGGUGACUUAGGGCAGUGGUCGGCAAACUCAUUAGUCAACA